GCGAUAUCAACAUCUAGCGUCUACAUUUUUUUUAUUUUUUUUUAUUAUAUGUGUAUAUAUAUAUAGAUAUCUAGCCAAACCAAACGAUUUUGCAUGUUGCCAAUCAACUAGGCAAGGAUUCGCCAAAGUGGUGGUGGGGCCAGUGUGGUCAGAGAUUGGCAUAAAAUGGACGAAAUGUGUAAGAAUGCGAAAUCCCCAAGCCUUGUGGAGUCGGCCGAUCCAGCCAAUGUUGUUGCUCCAAUUCCCCCUCCACCUGCCCCUCCCAUGCCCACCGAUGCCAAUAGCAGCAAUUCCAACCAGAUAAAUGGUAAACAAAUGCCAAUACCAACACCACCACCAGCACCAGCCAUACCAAAUCCACCCGAAGAGGAGCUACUGGGAUCAGUUAUAACCCACAAUUGUCCUGGUACCCGUGCCAGUGCACGAGUCAUUCAGAAAAUGAAACUGGAUCAGACAAGGCCAAUGACACCGCCACCAUCGGAACGGGAGCAUGGCGGCAAAAAGGAUGACAAAUCAAAUCAAAAGACACCAUCACAAUUGAAAUCAGGCGGCGGUGCUGGUGGCACUGGCAAUGACAAUUCCCGUGGUGGUUCCGGUGGUCCCGGCAAUGGCAAAACCACAUGGACAAAUAUUGAACGUAAUUGCUUCUUUGAUGCGUUAAAUGAAUUUGGCAAGGAUUUCGAAUCGGUGGCCAAUUGCAUCAAUGGCAAACUGAAACGUCGCAGCUCCUAUAAUAAUGAUCAUUAUAGCUUCAAGACCAAGGAUCAUGUGCGUCAGCAUUAUUAUCAAACGUAUCACAAAAUCUGCAAAUAUGUUAGAUAUUCCGAAGAAUUGAAAAAGCCCGCCCAGGAGCUCUAUACAUUGAUCAAUUAUGGUGAAAUGCGUCGCAAAUUGCAAUUCCUUACGGAGAAGCAUUUCAUGAAGCUAAAACAUUUGGUCUAUCAUGGACAGAUCACAGUGCGCUGUAAGGGCAAGAAUAUAAGGAUUAAGACGCCAUCAUGCAAGGCUCUGCGACGACUCAAUCAGUUAGAUGAUUCCUUGGAAGACAUUCGGCUGCCAAGUAAAGUGGAAGUGCUUGUUACACCAUUGAAUAUGGAAUCAUUUGGUCGUGUCCAAUCGUUGGCCCAGAACCCGCGUGGUCGUGUCAUUGUGCCGCUUCAUAAGAAGCUAAUCAGUUUCAUUCAGACAUUUGAAUACAAAUGGCGCAGCGUUAAUCAGCGUUUGAACGAGGAGCGCCUAUUGGCAUUAAGCGGAUCAUCAGCGCCCUCCUCAUCAUCAUCAUCAUCGGCAUCUGUCUCAAGUACUCCAAACAGUAGCGGCGAGCAGCAGGAGCGACAACAACCGCAACAACAACCCGCCUCAUCAACAACUGAGCCAUCGCUUUGCUUUCAACCUAAGCCGGGAGUAGCCAUACAUCGGCCAUUGUUAAAUAUUACGGCCUAUUUGAAUAGUGUUAACAUUUGUUUAACCGCCUACGAGGAGCGACUGGGCGUUAAGGUGCGCAGCGAGACUCUGGGCAAUAUUGUGAUGACAACAACGGCGGCCAAUAAGCGUGCCCGCACUGAAAGUGGCUCCGACAAACGUUCACCAGACACUAAGAAGCCCAAAUUAUUGACCAGCCCCACUUUGGAGAAGUCAAUCGAUGAGGUUAAUCCGGCGGCAACGGCAACGCCAACGACAACGACGGUCGAGAAUAAUAAUGUCAAGGUGGAGAUUAGCAGCGGUGAUGAGCUAAGCGAAGAGAUUCAUGACUUUUUAAAUGGAAGUAUACAAGAAGUUGAGCCAUCUGCUCCAUCCGCUCCCACUCCUGCACCUCCUCCGCCACCGACAGCAACAACAACAACAACCACAACAACGACUUCUGCAUCGCGAGCAAAGAGAAAAGAGGCCAAAGAGGCAGCUGCUGCGGCAGCUGCACGCAAUUUUAAGCCUCUCCUCAGUGAUGAGAUAAUCAAGCGUAUACGCAAAGGUUGGACUGUCUUGAAUGCAGCGGAUAUAACUGUUGGUGAUUUGUAUGUGGUUCUGGGUCAGGAUUCAAAACUGGAACUUGAUUAUUAUUGGUGUGAGCCUGCGCCGGCGCCGGCAGGAGCAGCAGCAACAACAGCGGCAUCAUCGAUAUCAUCGAACAAUGAACAACAACAUUCUGGCACAUCGGCUACACCAUCCUCCUCAUCCUCAACCUCAUCCUCAUCUGCAUCAACAACAUCUCUCCCUUAUAAUACCAAUGACUGUGAUAGCGUGGAACGUGUUAAAGCGGUGACAACAUCAACGGUUAGCAAUAAGUUGAAACAUCUUCUCUUAGUGGCCAAUCUCAGCGAGCGUGUACGCAAGCGUCAAUGCAACUGUGGACACAUCUGUGAUCGCAAACGGGAUCUGAUGAACAAAGCCCAGCAAUUGGCAGCUGGUGGCAUUAACGAAGGUCACAAUAUAUUAUCAUCUGGAGCUUCAACUGGCGAAAUAAUAUUUCGUACUCCCAUGUUACCAGUGCGACGGCCCAUAGCCAAUAUAAUGGAUCCAGUGCGUCAACUAUCAUCGCUAACUCGUCAAAAAAACAAUCGGCAAGUUUUGGUCCAACGACGAAUACUGCCCCCAGCCACCAUGGGGCGUCCCUACGAACAUUUGCAUGUACGUCAAUUGCAUAGCAGCCUCUUUGAGCCGAUCUCCUCGUCAACUACCACAGCUGUCGUCUCAGCAGCGUCAGUGGCCAGCAAACAAAACGCUGAGGAAUCAACUUAUGAUGGUGAUGGCUCAAUUGUAGGUCGAGAUAUGCCAACUUUGGAUUUUUGUGCCCCAAGCACAUCAUCAUCAUCUAUAUUAGAAGUAGCUGGAGGUUCAUCAUCAUCGUCGUUAGUAGCCAUUACUCUGCCAGAGUCAUCGGCGGCCAUACAGGAUGAAACCACAAGCUCGACUGGCGAACAUUUUUUCAAUGGCAGCGUCAGUCCGAUGCAUCUGCUCAGAGACUCAACUUCCAAUGCACGCUGGCUGGAGGAGAAUAUCAAUGACUUUUCAUUAACCAGCCUUUUGGGUCAUUUAGAUGAAAUUGAUGCCACUAGAGACAUAUUGGAUCCAUCUUCCAGCAUGUCGGUGAUCAGUGAAAGUAGUGUGGAUUUUCGUCACAAGUUCCAGGAAAUUGCUGCCUUAUUGCAGCAACAGGAAAAGGAAUAGCAGUGCCUCCACAUACACACACACACACACAUACACAUACAGAGAGAGAAACACCCACACGUACUACCAAUUUUGUUUAUCAUUUGUGCAUCCCCUGAUAUUAUUAUUAAUCAUAAUUAUUUAAAAAACAAAAAAAAAACACUUUCAGCAUAAGAAACAAAAAGAAAUCUUACAAUUUAUGUAAAUCCUUCCCUUCCUCCCAUCUGUUGGGCCCCCUCCUUUUGUGAUGUUACAUUUUUCAUAUAUGUAAACAAUUUUUUUUUCCUUGUAUAUCUCACAAAAC